AUGUGUAAAAUAUUAGGCAUGGGUAGUACGGAAAUAACAACAGUUCCAAAGAAAUUGAGUGAAAGCACUGAUAUCGGUGAUAUUUAUGGUCCAAAUUUAAAAACACUUCCAUGUAAUAACCAAGUGAAAGAAUUGCAGACUAUACUACGGGAUAAAAACACCACGAGGAGCGAUUUCAAGUUUUACGCCGACCGGUUGAUCAGGCUAGUUAUAGAAGAAAGUUUAAAUCAGUUACCCUUUUCCAAAUGUGUGGUAACUACACCAACAGGAGCCAAAUACAAUGGUUUGAAGUACCAAAAAGGAAAUUGUGGGGUGUCCAUAGUAAGAAGUGGAGAAGCAAUGGAACAAGGUUUAAGAGAUUGUUGUCGCAGUAUUAGGAUUGGAAAAAUAUUAGUUGAAAGUGAUGCAGAUACCCACGAGGCCAAAGUAGUUUAUGCAAAAUUUCCAGAUGAUAUAUCUGAAAGAAAAGUUUUGUUAAUGUAUCCAAUAAUGAGUACUGGAAAUACUGUGAUCAAAGCAAUGGCAGUGUUAAAGGAACAUAAUGUACUCGAAGAAAACAUUAUUCUAUCAAAUCUGUUUUGCACACCAAUUGCAGCCAAAUCUCUAGUCACUGCCUUUCCUCAGAUGAAGAUUUUGACAUCAGAAAUUCAUAGUGUUGCCCCAAAUCAUUUUGGACAGAAAUACUUUGGGUGUUCUCGUUUCGUCGUAAGAGAGACUACAAACGUACAAGGAAAAGAUAUUUGAAGAAUUUGUAUUUUACACAUAUCACAUAGAUGAUAGAUUUUAGUUAUACUUGCCAACAAAUGGCUAUUGAUAAUAUGUGGAUAGAAACAAAUUAGGGAAUAUACUUUCGAGUGCAAUAUACGUUUGAAGCGUUUCUUUAAUUUGUACCUAGUUAAUUUGUGCUUUAAAUUUAAAUGAAAUCUAUAUUCUAAACGUUCAGAUGUGUAAUUCUUAAUAUGGUAUUCAAAAGCUAUUUACAAGCGCAGAUAUUUUAUUUUUACAUUCAUUAACAACGCUAGUCAUCUCAUUAUUGUUAAUAUAAAAAAUAAAUUUUUUAUAAAAAAACAAUACCGAUAAUAUAAUUCCUAACAUAUAUGAUAUAACGUUAAUUAGUAUAGAAAGUUAGAAAGUAUAUUUAUUAAUUCAUAGUUAAAUGGAGAAAAUAUAAACCUAUCUUAUAAAAAUACGUAAUAAUAUAGUUGAUUAGUGACACAUUACUUACCAAAUUGUAUAAAAUACGUAUGCAGGAUUACUUAGACAGAAUAUUGAAUUUCUGUAAUGAUAUUUAUUAGUAGAUUCAUAUAUAUGUAUAACAAUGAUCGAUAUGACUCAUAUACAUCGUGUAUAGCGAAUAAUUGUUCUCAUAAAUAUAAAUUAUGUAUUUCCAAUA